AUGCCCUUGCUUGGUUUUGGCGUAUACCAGAACUAUAAUACAACGGCAUCGGUCCUUGAAGCGUUAGCUGCGGGCUAUCGCCACAUCGAUAGCGCUCAGGCGUAUUGCAAUGAGGCGCACGUCGGUGAAGCCGUGCGCCAAUCGAGCGUCCCUCGCAGCGAUGUAUUCGUCACUACGAAAUGCAUCAACAAGACGCAUGGGUAUGAGAACACCCUGCGCGGCGUCGAUACGUCACUUGAAAAGCUUGGAUUCGAUUAUAUCGACCUUUUCCUCAUACAUGAUCCUAUGUCUGGCACUGAACGGCGUCUCGCGACAUAUCGAGCCUUGCUCGAGGCGCGUGACCAGGGGAAAAUAAAAAGCGUUGGAGUAUCAAAUUACGGUCUCAAGCAUCUAGAUGAGAUCAAGACCGCCGGACUUGAGUUGCCCACCGUCAACCAAAUCGAGCUGCAUCCGUUUUGCCAACAGAAGCCUAUUGUGGCGUGGUGCCGCGAGCACAACGUAGUCGUGCAAGCGUACUGCCCACUACUUCGUGGACGUAUGGACGACCCGGUGUUGGUCGACAUCGCUAAUAAGCACGGGCGUGAUCUAGCACACAUCCUCCUUCGCUGGUCGCUACAAAGCGGCUAUGUCCCUCUUCCCAAAUCGGCGACAGCGGUACGCAUCCGUUCGAACAUAUCGCUUUACGACUUCGCUCUAGACAAGAACGACAUCGCUCGUCUCGAUGCGCUCGACCGUGGCUCUGCUGGUGCCAUCAGCUGGAAUCCCGUGAACCACGCGUGA